CUUCCCAUAACCUAUAUAAACGAACCUCCGUCCUCUGGAGUACCCACAAGCUGCACAACUGUUAUUUGGCAAGACUAGAGCAACACCGGAAGGCAGAGGAAUUCAACCAGUUGAAGGGGUUGAUUGCCGCAUCCUGUUGGAUCGCUUGUAACUCCCCGAUCUGGAUCUGGAUAGCUAGCUACACUAGUACUACUGUGGAUGGCUGCCAUAUAUCUCCCUCGUUGGAUCUGCAUCGACUGCUCACUCCUCAUCACGCAUCUCUCCACUUGAUUCAAGUUCAAGUACCAGCUGAAAGCGCGAGCGAACCCUGCACCUACUUCCCAGAGAGCAAGGGAGGGAGAUCUAUCUAGUUUUUGCUCUGGCAUAAGGGUGAACCCAAGAUCCGUCUCUGAUCUCUCCAGUCGAUUCAAGUACCAGCUCAAGCGUGAGCUAACCCUGCAACCAAUGGCGGGGGUUCUGGAUGCUUUGGCAUCCUACGUGACCAGCAUGCUUGCCGAGAUGGCCAAAGAUGAGGUGGCCAUGCUAAUCGGCGUAUCCGAUGGGAUCAAAGACCUGAGCAUCAAGCUUGGGGAUCUCAAGAAUUUCCUUGUUGAUGCUGAUAGGAGGAACAUCACCGAUGAGAGUGUGCGGGGGUGGGUGGGCGAACUAAAGCGUGCCAUGUACCUAGCUACCGAUAUGGUCGACCUAUGUCAGCUCAAGGCCAUGGAGCAAGGUCAAACAAAGGACAGGGGGUGCCUUAACCCUCUGCUUUUUUGCAUGCGGAAUCCCCUCCAUGCCCACGACAUCGGCACCCGCAUCAAGGCAUCGAACAAGGAGCUGGAUAGCAUCUGCGAGCGGGGCAAUAAAUUUAAAUUUGCCAAGCUAGAAGCCUACCAAGACUUGAAGAUUACUCGAUCACUUGCCACUGACCGCAAAACAGAUUCACUGAUGGAGCGGUCAGGUGUUGUUGGCGAGAAGAUUGAGGUGGACACAAGAGCACUCGUGGAGGUGCUUACAAGUGAGGGGGGCGGCGACAAGACUGGUCGCCACAUAGUGGUUGCCAUUGUUGGUGUCGGUGGGAUUGGCAAGACCACCCUCAGCAAGAAGGUCUUCAAUGACGAGGCAAUCCAAGGCAAGUUCACUAAGAAGAUAUGGCUUAGCAUCACACAGGAUUUCACAGAUGUUGAGCUAUUAAGUACAGCUAUCAUUGCCGCUGGGGGAGACCUGCCUAUAGGGAGCGGGGCUCUAAACAGGGCCCUACUUGUCGAUGCUCUCAAGAACGCCAUCGAGAACAAGAAAUUCCUUCUUUUGCUCGAUGAUAUGUGGGGAGUCGAUGCAUGGAACAAAUUGCUAAUGACUCCCUUUGGCUAUGGUGGCCCCGGUAGUAGAGUCCUCAUCACCACCAGACAUGACACUGUAGCCCGAAGCAUGAAAGCCUUUCAUCCGUACCAUCAUGUUGACAAAUUAGCUCCACAAGAUGCCUGGUCAUUGCUCAAGAAGCAGGUACUCACAUCAGAGGAAAAUGAACCAGAAGUUGAUAUGCUAGAACAUAUUGGGUUUCAGAUUGUAGCAAAAUGCGAUGGUUUACCACUUGCUAUAAAAGUAAUGGGUGGACUCUUAUGCAAGAAGGAGAAAACACGACGUGAUUGGCAACAUGUCCUGAAUGAUGAUAUCUGGUCAGUAUCUCAAAUGUCGAAGGAACUAAAUUAUGCCAUAUAUCUUAGCUAUCAGGACUUAUCCCCGUACAUAAAACAGUGCUUCUUGCACUUCUCCAUUAAACCAAAAAAGACAGUGAUAAAUGAUACUGAAAUUGUGUCCAUGUGGGUUGGUGAAGGAUUGGUUGAAGGAGACACAUAUAGUCGUAGUUUGGAAGAAGGGAAAAGGUACUAUAAGGAGCUAAUAGUAAGGAACCUUAUAGAGGUAGAUACAAAGUACCCUAGUCAACUUAUUUGCAACAUGCAUGAUGUCAUUCGCUCAUUUGCUCAAUUUGUGGCUAGGGAUGAAGCACUAUUAGUUCAUAGUGGAGAGACCAUUAAAACAAAACUUGGAGCUCAAAGUUUUCUUAGGUUGUCUAUAGAAACCAAAGGAGUAGAAUGCGAUGAAUUUGAGUGGAGAUAUUUAAGAGAGCAAAAAUUGCUUAGGUCACUAAUAUUAACUGGAUACCUCAAAAGUCAGCCUGGGGAUUCGUUGACUAUCUUCCCAAGUCUACGUCUUUUGCAUAUAGAAUCUGCAAAUAUUGCUGCACUAGUUGAAUCUAUGUACCAACUCAAGCAUUUGAGAUAUUUGGCAUUAAAGAGGACUGAUAUGUGUAGACUACCAGAGAACAUCCAUGAGAUGAAAUUCCUACAGCAUAUUAGCCUUGAAGGUUGUGAAAGUUUCUUGAAACUUCCUGAUAGCAUAAUCAAGCUGCAAGGGUUGAGAUAUCUUGAUAUUGAUGACACACGUGUAAGUAGUAUUCCUAGGGGUUUCCGAGCUCUUACAAAUUUGAGUGCACUAUAUGGGUUUCCAGCCUAUACUGAUGGUGACUGGUGUAGUUUGGAAGAGUUGGGGUCUCUUUCCAAACUGAAUGAACUUUCAAUAAAGAGUCUAGAAAAUAUAUCUAGUGCCUUGUUGGCUGCAAAGGCAAGGAUAAAUGCAAAGAAACAACUUACCUAUCUUGGUUUAAAAUGUGGUGGUAGAGUGGGAGAUGGGUUGGUCCAAGGAGGAGUGUCUGAUUCUAAGGAGGAGGAGCAAAUAAUUGAGGCCGUGUUUGAUGUGCUAUGUCCUCAGCCUUGCAUAGAACACAUCUUCAUAAAAAGAUAUUUUGGCCGCCGGCUCCCAGGAUGGAUGACGUCCACAGCUAUGGUGCCUCUCGAGAGCUUGAAGAUUCUAUCCCUCGAACAUCUGCCCUGCUGCACCCAACUCCCAGAUGGCUUGUGUCGGCUCCCUUAUUUGGAGUGGAUAAAAGUGAACGGGGCUCCAGUAAUCAAGUGUGUCGGUCCUGAAUUCGUUCAGCAGUACAAUCAAAGGCACCGUCCUUCAUCUCAGUUGGCUGCUACGUUUCCUAGACUCCAGAAGUUGAGUUUGUUUGGAAUGGAGGAAUGGGAGGAGUGGGUUUGGGAGACAGAAGUGAAAUCUAUGCCCUUAUUGGAGGAACUUCGUAUCAGUAAUUGCAAACUGGGUUGUAUGCCUCCGGGACUUAUGUCUCAUGCAAUGGCUUUGAUGAAGCUACUAAUAUGGAACGUCCAAUGUCUCCACUCUCUAGAGAACUUUGUUUCUGUAGUUGAGCUCACCUUGUUUAACAUACCUGAAUUGGCCAAGAUCUCCAAUCUUCCAAAAUUACAAAAGCUUGAAAUCAGUUACUGCAGAAAGCUCAAGACAGCGACGGACAUGGCUGCACUCCGGAGACUCGAGCUGAGAGUUUUCAGCUGGGAAAGCCAACUUCCGGUCUACCUGCAGACUGUAAAGCCUAGUCAUUUGCUGCUGACCUGCAACCUAGCAGUACUCACUUCCAUGGCUGCGGGUGAGUCUAGCUCCGAGUGGGACAAGUUCAGUCAUAUCAAGCAAGUCGAGGCUUAUGCAGACGAUGGAGCAGAUGAGAAGAAAUGGCAUGUGCUCUAUUCAUCUGAGUCCUGCGACAUACAGACAAAUAUUCAUCAGGAUCGAUUGGUCGAAGAAGAGGAGUAGCUGAAACUCCAGCCGUACGAGGAAGGACCAUAUGAUGCAAGGAUAUAUAAGGAUACUGGGAAAGCAUCAGCCAUAAUGCCAUAUAAACUUACCUGCAGAGAUUCAGACACCACACUAACUUCUUGAGAAGUGUGACAUAUACACUUAUGAAUUUAGAGAUGUAAACUUCAUGGCGGGCUAUCUAGCUGGUGCAGUAAUAUGGUGACCUUGGCAAGGCUGUCCUUUGUGCAGUGCAAGCAACUAAUGGAGUUUAUGCUACACUGCUCUGCUCUGCUCUGCUCUGUUCUCUGAAAGCAGCUCAGGUUGCAGCUUCUCCAUAGUGGCGUUUUUCUUUUUCUUUUUCACGGGUGUUUUGCGUUGGUUCUCUGAAAAACUAUGUUUUUUUUGAUAGAUCAGUCAAUAGUAUACUGGUAUUUCAGCUUUUAAUUUGUACUGCAACAACACAAAUGACUGUCAGAGAGUGUAGGAUGGCUUCAUCAAAACCUUUCAUA